AUGUCAAAGAAGAUUGAAGGUGAUGAGCUUGAUGAUGGGUGGCCUAAAUGGCUUGUUGAUAAUAUUCCUACAGAGGUUUUGGCUGGUUUGGUUCCAAAGAGUGCUGAUUCCUAUGAUAAGCUCGCCAAGGUGAGGCAAGGGACCUAUAGCAAGGUGUACAAAGCUCGAGACAGGGACACGGGAAAGAUUGUUGCUUUGAAGAAGGUCCGUUUUAACACUUCAGAGCCUGAAUGUGUUAAAUUUGUGGCAAGAGAGAUUAUGAUACUGCAGAAGCUAAAUCAUCCAAAUAUUAUCAGCCUUGAAGGACUAGCCACUUCAAGGAAGCAUUACAGUCUUUAUCUGGUUUUCGAUUUCGUGCUGUCAGACUUGACCAAAGUUAUCACCCGUCCAGGCGAGAGGCUCACUGAACCCCAGAUCAAGUGUUACAUGCAACAGCUGCUUUCAGGUCUCCAGCACUGUCAUGAAAGAGGAAUAUUGCACCGAGACAUUAAAGGUUCCAACCUAUUGAUAGACAGGAAUGGGGUGCUGAAAAUUGCAAAUUUUGGCCUUGCCAAUUCUUUUAGUCCUAAACCAGAACGCCCCCUAACGAGCCGGGUUGUAACACUUUGGUACAGAGCUCCAGAGCUUUUAUUAGGUUCUACAGAUUAUGGUGUUGGGAUUGAUCUCUGGAGUGCGGGAUGCCUGUUAGCUGAGAUGUUUGUUGGACGGCCAAUUUUGCCUGGGAGGACGGAGGUUGAGCAGCUUCAUCGAAUUCUUAAACUUUGUGGCACACCCUCAGAGGACUUUUGGAAAAAGAUGAAGCUACCAUCAAGCUUCCGGCCUCCACAGCAUUACAAGCCUGGAUAUCAAGAAGUAUUUGGAGACUUCCCUGAUUCUUCAGUUGGUCUUUUGACAAUGCUUCUUGCUCUAGACCCAUCAUAUCGUGGCACUGCAGCUUCUGCUCUUCAAAGUGAAUUCUUUUCUUCAAGUCCAUUGGCAUGUGACCUGUCAGGUCUACCGGUAAUAUACGAAGAGGAGGAAGAACCAUAUAAAACAAAGCAAUCUUCUAAAAAGGAGAAGCAGAAAGGACGUGAAAGUUGUAAUAGUGCAAGCAGCACUUCUUCUAGUGUGAAGCCAAUCAAGCAUGAAGAGAACCUACGUGCAUUGCUUUCUACUGAUCAGGCUCAUCCUAAUGCUACUCAGAACAUUCAGAAUUUAACUCUUUUACAGGCUUCUACAGCAGAUAUCAUCAAAUACCGCCUUGAUAAUCCUCAAUACCGGAGCUCUGUAUCUAGAUUGGAUUUUCGAACACUUAACCUUGAUAAGAUAUCAAAACUCUUUGGAUGUGGAGCAAAGAAUAGGUGA